AUGUACAAAACCCGGUCGCCCUGCAGAUUUACAGGUCCAAGUAAACACAGCCACGCAGAAAUAAUAAAGAUGCCUGCUUGGUAUUUGACCGCAGCUUUUUCUGAGAACCCUUCGAACUGCAUUGACAAAUUGUUCCAGACUGGUGGGAGCAAGGCACCCAUUCUCAGACCGGGCCCUAAACAGUGUACCAAUAAUAAGCCUAAAGUGAUCGAUCAUCAAGGACAUAGCUUGAUCAAGGCUUGUCUUGCGCGCGGUUGCGAGUCUUUUGGCCGCAUAGAUCGGGCGGGCAAGUCAGGGCCUCUCUCCCCGCCGACGUUGGUGAACUUGGGCACCUAA